GCGUGGUUGACGGCAGAAGGAAAAAUGUGGGAGGGAUCCUUUGCGACGGGAAGGCUUUAUGGAAGCGAGGCAGCUCCAGAUUGGUUCCCCAUUUGUUGUUCAAACCAACCUUUAUUAACUACUUCCGCAUGCCAAGCCCUAUACUGAUCUCAAGAAGACCAAAGUGCCUUUACAGAGUUCCAAGUCCAUUGGAAAAUUUAUCUGUCUCUCCCACUGGAAUGAGUCCACCUGGUGGUCAAGGUGGGAAAGACAUUCCAGGGAAGGAUACAGGAAGCAAUGGAAAAAACAGCAUCUCUGGUUCUCAGUCCCUUGUCAACCAAACCUCUUACAAUUGUCCCUGUCUCUGUUUACAUUUGGUUCUGGGUAGGGAAGAAUGCCACAGAGUCUCAAGGAGUCAGGGCCCCCAUAGCUAAGAAGACCCUAACUUCCACACUUAAUGGAUUCUUGUCCUUUCUGUCACGUUGGUCUCUUUCACACCCUGGUGAUCCCUGUGGAUGACCUGACCAAUCCUGUCCCUAGUAGGAUCCCAGAAUCAACUCUUUCAUUCCUAGCGCCCCCCCCACCCCAACAGUGUUGGAAUGUUUCCUGGAUUGCUGACUGUAAACUUUAGACAAAGUUGCUUGCCAUUUCUAAGCCCUAGUUCCCUCAUCUGCAAAAUAGAAAGGGCAAUUCCCACCUCUAAAGUUGUCAGGAUUAAAUACACGCUUGCAUAGCCCUAACCACAAUUCUUGGCCUCGAGUAAACUUCAGUAGGUGGUGGUUAUUUUCUCUGCUCUAGCUGCCCCUCCUCUUCUGGCGCUGGGAGCCUCCGAUUCCCUGAGCAAAGAAUUGAGUCUGUGGGGUUUCUGGAACGGAUUAGUAUUGGGUUGCAUUAAAUCCAGGUUGCCCUUCCGUAAUCGGAGCCCUCGAAGGGGCAGGGGUGUUAUAAACUUGUGUUAGGGACCCAGCUCACAGACUGCUGCGGGAUGGAGGCGCGUGCAGGAGCUAAAUUGUUGCUGCUACUGUGGAUAUGCUGCGGAUCUGCAAGAGGUGGCCCAAGCGGCUACACGUCGGUCAUCGAGGUGACCAACGGGGGCCCUUGGGGCGACUGGGCCUGGCCCGAGAUGUGUCCUGACGGAUUCUUCGCCAGCGGGUUCUCGCUCAAGGUGGAGCCCAACCAAGGUAUUCCUGGUGACGACACAGCGCUAAAUGGGAUCCGGCUGCACUGCGCGCGGGGGAACGCGGAGCGCAACACGCACGUGGUGGAGUCGGAAUCUGGAAGGUGGGGCGCGUGGAGCGAGCCGCUGUGGUGUCCUGGCGGCGGUUUCCUUGUGGCUUUCUCGCUCCGCGUGGAGAUACCCGUGACCCCUGGAGACAACACGGCAGCGAACAAUGUGCGCUUCCGCUGCUCGGACGGCACGGAGCUGGAGGGACCCGGCCAGACCUGGGGAGACUUUGGAGAGUGGAGUGACCCGUGCCCUAAAGGCGCUUGCGGCUUGCAGACCAAAAUCGAGCAGCCUAGAGGCCUCCGCGACGACACCGCGCUUAACGACGUGCGCUUAUUCUGCUGCACUAGUUGACACCUCUCCCUGCUCCCUGACCCCACGCUUGGUCCACCUUCGGCUAUUAAAGCUUCUCGUCUUGACUUUCGCCUCGGUUCUUUC